UUUGGUUGGUAAGUAGUAACUGUAAGAAAAAAAGUAAAAGUUUCGAGUGUCAAUAGGAUUGCAUCAUUCACUCUACCGGUUAGAGACAUUCACUCUACGAGGCGGAUACUAAUCUUGUUCCCCAAAAUCUCUACUUUUUUGUUUGAAUCAUUACGUUGCCUUCAUAACGCCGUCAAUCGAAAGAGAAAAAAGAAGCGAAUCCAAGACGCGGUCGUUAUAAAACGCAAUUUCCAUCGCGUUUUGAAUCUUCUCAACUUCCGAUGGUGACACUCGCUUUCACGAAACAGUAAACAAAUCAAACCCAGACGUGAAAUCAAAAUUCACUUUCCUUGUGUCGCGGUGGUCCGAUGGCUUUAACGUCGGAAAAAUCCGAUUCCGAUGGCCGACGUCGAAGCUUAUUCAAACUACCCUUUCGAAACUCCAGUGAUCAUCAAGCUACCUCUUCGUCUUCGUCUUCUCAUCUCAGUGACAAUUAUAUACAUCAAUCUCGCCAUUUUCGCUAUCAGGGACCACGUCCUGUCGUCGAACGAUUGGGUCAAACCCAUCACCAACAACCAGCCGCGACGAUCCCUUCGAUGUCAUCAGUCGCGAGAUCACUUCUUCCUUCUAAACGCCGGUUGAAACUCGACCCUUCCUCCAAACUUUACUUCCCUUAUGAGCCUGGGAAGCAAGUCAGGAGUGCCAUUAAGAUUAAGAAUACCAGCAAGUCACAUGUAGCUUUCAAGUUUCAAACAACGGAACCAAAGAGUUGCUUCAUGCGUCCUGCUGGUGCUAUCCUUCCUCCGGGUGAAGAAAUCCUCGCGACUGUUUUCAAGUUUGUUGAGCCUCCUCAGAAUAAUGAAAAGCCAAUGGAACAGAAGAGCGGGGUUAAGUUUAAAAUCAUGAGCUUGAAGAUAAAAAUCCCCACGGACUAUAUGCCCGAGCUGGUAUCUAAAAAUGGUAGUUAUUGUUCAGAAUCUGUAAGAGUAAAAUAUGUCAUGUGGGUGGUCUUUGCGUUUCUAUUUUUGCAGUUUGAGGAGCAAAAAGAUCAUGUCUCUGAGGAGCAAGUAAUGCGUGUGGUAUUCUUGGAUCCUGAAAACCCUAACCCUAUGAUGGAGAAACUGAAGAGUCAAUUAGCUGAAGCGGAUGCUGCAGAUGAAGCAAGGAAGAAAGCACCAGAUGUUAUUAGUACUGGUCCGAAGCCAAUUGGCGAAGGACUUGUGAUUGAUGAAUGGAAGCAACGCCGAGAGAGGUAUCUUGCACAGCAACAAAAAGGAGUGGACUUGGCUUGAAACCAGAAGUAUCACAAAGACAAAAAAAAAAAGUGUGUGGAUAUAUGUAAUGUGUGAAGGGAAUGAAGAUUGCAUCUGUGGUCAAGUUUUAUCCAAAAAAAAAAAAUACUUGUUCCUUUGAUGUCUUAACUAAAGAUUUGUUCUCUAACGCCAUGAACGAUCUGACAACGUCCCAAGAAUUAAGACUAUCAGCAAGCAAGAGCCCCAAGUUCCAUUACAAAAGAAGCCCUUGUCUAUGUACCUACAAAAUGUUUCUUUAAAAGAGAGCAAAACCCUAUAAAACCAAGGCAAAGAAGAUCAAUUACCUUUCUCUUGGAUUGUACAUUUGUAUGCAACAAGCUAUUACUAGAUGUCUUCUUUCACAAGGAUGGGGGCUUCAAUAGCAUAGCAGAACGUCUCUCACAUAUGCUAAUACCUUUAUCUGUCUGAGAGUUUUGCCAACAUUAUUCAUGUACAUGAAUUGCAGUGCCGCCUUGGUAUGUUUGGCGGAGAUGGAGUUUCUUGGCACAAGAAGUUGAUGAAAGUUAUCUUGGAGAAGAUAUAUGCGCUGGCUCAUCUGGCCAUUGACGCGAUCGUUGCUCACUUCAUAAGAUUUCGUAAGGAGACAGAAGUUUUGCCGGUCAUUUGGCACCAAACUAUUGUCGCCUUUGUGCAACGGUACAAGCACGAACUAAGAAAAGGCAAAUAAAAAGAGUCUCACAAGUCUUGUCAGGAAGCAAAAUCACGGAGCUAAUUAGUCUUGAAAUUGUGACAGAGCUUGUGAGUAGCAGAAACUGUGGAGAGAGGGGAGGAUAAUUCACAUUCAGCUACUACGAUCAACAAGCCGAUCAAAGAAUUGGCCAAUGAAAGAAGACAAGUGAUCAUCUAUAUACAUCCAAUCUUGAGUGAACCUCUUCUUGUUUUGUGUUAAAUUCCAAUUUAUGCAAAGAUAUUAUAAUUAAUCUAUGUUUCGACGGAAAAGAAAGAAGCAAAUCCAAGCUACUAAAAUUAGCAA